UUGUACGACAAAGGAGGGAAGCAGAUGCUGCUUUGUUUUCAGAACUCUACAGAAAACUCGGUUCACAGGGCAUUUUGAAAAACAAAUGGUCAAUACUCUACCUCCUGCUUAGCCUUAGUGAAGAUCCACGUAAGCAGUCUAACAAGGUAUCAAGUUAUGCCACGCUUUUUGCUCAAGCAUUGCCACGGGAUGCUCAUUCAACCCCUUAUUACUAUGCCAGGCCUCAAAGCCUUCCGUUGAAUUACCAAGACCGCAGUGCUCAGUCUGCCCAGAGUUCUGGCAGCAUGGGGAGCAGUGGGAUCAGCAGCAUCAGCCUGUAUGCCCUGAAUGGGCCAACGCCAACUCCACAAUCACUCCUUCCAGGACAAUCCUAUCAAGCUCCAGGCGUUGGAGAUUGCCUCCGUCAGCAAUUAGGAUCACGUCUCGCAUGGACUCUAACUGCAAGCCAGCCUUCUUUACAAAGCACUACCUCAAAAGGCUUUUCAAAUGCUGUCUCCCGUGGUGUGCCAAGGUCAAGGCGAGAAGGGGAUACAACUGGCUCUGUUGAAAUAACUGAAGCAAACCUCGUGAGAGAUGUUUUGUAUGUCUUCCAGGGAAUAGAUGGCAAAAACAUCAAAAUGUGCAAUUCUGAAAAUUGCUAUAAAGUGGAGGGAAAGGUGAGCUUGUCCAAAUCUCUCAGAGAUACUACAAGUAGACUUGCAGAGUUGGGAUGGCUACAUAAUAAAAUAAGAAAAUACACAGACCAGAGGAGUUUGGAUCGUGCGUUUGGACUUGUGGGACAGAGUUUUUGUGCAGCCUUACAUCAGGAGCUUAAAGAAUACUACCGACUUCUGUCUGUCUUACAUUCUCAGUUGCAAUUGGAAGAUGAUCAGGGCGUGAAUUUGGGACUUGAGAGCAGUUUAACACUUCGCCGUCUUCUCGUCUGGACAUAUGAUCCUAAAAUAAGGUUAAAGACCCUUGCAGCACUUGUGGAUCACUGUCAAGGACGAAAAGGUGGUGAACUAGCCUCAGCAGUUCAUGCCUAUACUAAAACAGGAGAUCCCUACAUGAGAUCUCUGGUUCAGCACAUUCUUGGCCUAGUAUCUCAUCCGGUAUUGAAUUUCCUUUAUCGCUGGAUUUAUGAUGGAGAGUUGGAGGAUACGUACCAUGAGUUUUUUGUAGCUUCAGAUCCUGCAGUUAAAACUGAUCGGUUGUGGCAUGACAAAUACACUUUGAGGAAAUCAAUGAUCCCUUCUUUUAUUACAAUGGAGCAAUCAAAAAAGGUCCUCCUAAUAGGAAAAUCUAUAAACUUCUUGCAUCAAGUUUGUCAUGAUCAAACUCCAUCCACAAAGAUGAUUGCUGUGGCAAAAUCUGCAGAGUCUUCAAAAGAUG